GUGGUAUAUCUGUGGCAGUGUCAUCAGGUUAAUCUGUCGUCGCUGCAGGCUGCUCAGUUUGCCGCGACCAUCACCUGCCAUGGCCGGCCCCUCCACCGCGCUGCUGCUCGGCGCCUCCGUGGCGGUCCUCAUCGUGAUCUCCGCCGUCACCUUCCUCUGCGCCAACCGGGUGCACCGCGCGUCGCGGCGGAGCGCCGUCGGCGACCAGGACGCGGAGCUGGGCCGAGGGUGCGCCGCAGCCGCGCCAGGGAUCGACGAGGCCGUCCUGGCCUCGUACCCGACGGCGGUGUACUCCAAGGCAGGGACCGGCAAGGAGGAGGAGGAGGGCACGCAGUGCGCGGUGUGCCUGGUGGAGUACGCGGACGGCGACGAGCUCCGGCGGCUGCCAGGGUGCCUCCACGCCUUCCACCGACGAUGCAUCGACGACUGGCUGCGCCGGCGGCCGAGCUGCCCGCUUUGCCGGUCCUCGCCGCCUCCCACCAACACCAGCAGCGCAUGCUAAUUAACUGUCGAGCCGUCAGCCUGUUCGUCGGGACCAUUGAUUUGGCAUAGCGGCGAAAUGUGCCUGUUAUGUGCUUCUCUUACAUAC